GAAGGAAACUUUCUAGAAAGUCCCUCCAGCCCGCAAAGUGACGGACAAAGUGUCGCAACUCGCCUCACUCCGCGUUUUUGGUCGUUGUUGCCUCCUAAAUGACACGUUAGACGUCCUUUCUUGAAGACGGAGGCAAAGUUACUUGUUUCCCCGGUGGGGAUCAACUUUUUAACUUUGAAAUCAUUUGUUUGACACGCGUGACGAUGGCCGCGCUGUCAGCGGCGUUGCUGCUUGUUGGAUUUAUUGUGACUUCAGCUGUCAAGGCUGGUGAAGAUGAUCGAGAAGAUCAGCUGACACGCAGGCUGAAGGAAUACGGCCUGGUCACCCCCUUCAGCACCGACUCCCGCGGACGCUUCCUGUCGCACCUGCUGUCGGCCGCGCACAAGCAGCGCGUCAGGAGGGAGGCGCCCACGCCCACCCCGUCGGACCAGCAGCUGUUCUUCAACAUCACCGCCUUCGGGAAGGAGUUCCACCUGCGCCUGCGCCCCAACAGCCGCCUGGUGGCGCCGGGCGCCACGGUGGAGUGGCACGACGGGCGAGCUUUUCGCAACGGCAGUCGCUACGAGGCGCCCGCCAACCGGUCUGAAGCGAGCGAGGGGAUGGAGCGGAUACUACAUCGGGAGCUGUUGAAUACGGACUGCACCUUCGUCGGCGACAUCACGGACGUCCCCGGCGCCUCGGUCGCCAUUAACAACUGCGACGGACUGGCCGGGAUGAUCCGCACAGACUCGGACGAGUACUUUAUCGAACCUUUGGAGAGAGGCACCCAGGAGCUGGAGGACCAGGGCAGAGUCCAUGUGGUCUACCGCAGGUCAGCGGUGCUGCAGAGCCCAUCUGAUGUCUGGGUGGACUACCAGACAGCAGCUCUCAGAGAAGCGGAGCUGGAUGUUCCAGGGACUGUGGAUACCGUAGCAAGGCAGAUCAAUGACACGGUCCAGCGCCAGCGCCGGCGCCGGCGCGAUGCCGGGGAGAACGACUACAACAUCGAAAUCCUGCUGGGAGUUGACGACUCCGUCGUUCGAUUUCACGGGAAGGAGCACGUGCAGAACUACCUCCUCACGCUCAUGAAUAUUGUGAAUGAGAUUUACCACGACGAGUCCCUGGGAGUCCACAUCAACGUGGUCCUGGUGAGGAUGAUCAUGCUGGGCUAUGCCAAGUCCAUCAGCCUCAUCGAAAGAGGGAACCCAUCCCGUAGUUUGGAGAACGUGUGCCGCUGGGCGUUCGGCCAGCAGAAGGGCGAUCCCGAUCACGCCGAGCACCACGACCACGCCAUCUUCCUCACUCGGCAGGGCUUCGGCCCCACGGGCAUGCAAGGUUACGCUCCCGUCACCGGAAUGUGCCACCCCGUCCGGAGCUGCACCCUCAACCACGAAGACGGCUUCUCCUCGGCCUUCGUGGUGGCUCACGAAACAGGACAUGUGCUGGGUAUGGAGCAUGAUGGCCAAGGUAACCGCUGUGGGGACGAAACAGCGAUGGGAAGCGUGAUGGCUCCUCUGGUGCAGGCGGCCUUCCACCGCUACCACUGGUCCAUGUGCAGUGGACAGGAGCUCAAGAGAUACAUCCACACCUACGACUGUCUCCUGGACGACCCCUUCAAGCACGACUGGCCGCAGAUUCCAGAGCUGCCCGGCAUCAAUUACUCCAUGGACGAGCAGUGCCGCUUCGACUUUGGAGUGGGCUACAAGAUCUGCACCUCUUUCCGCACAUUCGACCCGUGCAAACAGCUUUGGUGCAGUCAUCCAGACAACCCUUACUUCUGCAAGACCAAGAAGGGCCCGCCCCUGGAUGGGACAGAAUGUGCACCUGGGAAGUGGUGCUACAAAGGCCACUGCAUGUGGAAAAACCCUCACCAGGUCAAGCAAGAUGGCGGCUGGGGCUCUUGGAGCAAAUAUGGCUCCUGCUCGCGCUCCUGUGGAACGGGAGUACGCUUCCGGACGCGCCAGUGCAACAACCCCGUUCCUGCCAACGGCGGGCAAGACUGCGUGGGACUGAACUACGAGUAUCAGCUGUGCAACACCCACGACUGUCCCAAGCACUUUGAAGACUUCCGAGCUCAGCAGUGUCAGCUCCGCAACUCCCACUUUGAGUUCCAAAACGCCAAACACCACUGGCUGCCUUACGAGCAUACAGACGCCAACAAGAGAUGCCACUUGCACUGCCAGUCGAAGGAGACGGGGGACGUGUCCUACAUGAAACAACUGGUGCAUGAUGGGACGCGAUGCUCCUACAAGGACGCCUACAGUGUCUGCGUCCGCGGGGAGUGUGUGAAAGUUGGCUGCGACAAAGAAAUCGGCUCAAACAAAGUAGAGGACAAAUGCGGCGUCUGUGGCGGGGACAAUUCCCACUGCCGCACCGUUAAAGGGACCUUCACUCGGACACCCAAGAAAGCGGGGAAAACCAGAGGAGCCUUCUCUUUACCCAAAGGCGCUCGGAAUGUGUUUUUAAAUGAAAGUGAGGACUUUAGAAAUGUGAUGGGCUACCUUAAGAUGUUUCUCAUUCCUCCUGGAGCUAGACAUGUGAUCAUCCAAGAACACGAGGCCUCCCCUCAAAUUCUUGCAAUCAAGAACCAGGCGACGGGCCACUACAUCCUCAACGGCAAAGGAGAGGAGCUGAAGUCCAGAAGCUUCAUCGACUUAGGCGUGGAGUGGCACUACAUCAUCGAGGAGGACGUGGAGACGCUGCACACAGACGGACCCCUGCAUGACCCCGUGGUGGUUCUGAUUAUACCAAAGGACAAUGAAACGCGCUCCACUUUAAUGUACAAGUACAUCAUCCACGAAGACUCAGUGCCCAUCAACAAUAACAAUGUCAUCCAGGAGGACACGUACGAGUGGGCCCUCAAAAACUGGUCUCCUUGCUCCAAGCCGUGCGCUGGAGGCUUCCAGUACACCAAGUAUGGUUGCCGGAAGAAGGGCGACACUAAGAUGGUCCACCGAGGCUACUGCGACGUCGGCAAGAAGCCCAAACCCAUACGCAGGAUGUGCAACCUGCAGGACUGCGCACAGCCUCAGUGGAUGUCGGAGGACUGGGAACAUUGCACCAAGACUUGCGGCAGCCUGGGCUUCCAGAUCCGGACGGUCCGCUGCGUGCAGUUCCUCCACGACGGAACCAACCGCUCCAUCCACAGCAAGUACUGCAGCGGCGAGAAGCCUGAGAGCAGGAGGCCGUGCAAUCGGGUGGCCUGUCCCUCUCAGUGGAGGACAGGGGCGUGGUCGGAAUGCUCCGUGACGUGUGGCGAAGGCAUGGAGAGGCGUGUUGUCACGUGCCGAAUGGGAGACCAUUGCUAUGGAGACAAACCCGAAAACGUGCGAGUGUGCAGACCGGGACCGUGCCACGAUGAACCCUGCCACGGAGAUAAGUCCAUCUUCUGUCAGAUGGAGGUUCUGGCCCGCUACUGCUCCAUCCCGGGCUACAACAAGCUGUGCUGCGAGUCCUGCGGCAAGCGAGGCGGGGGCGGCGCUCUGUCACUCUUCUCCGAGGGCCCCGAGACGGAGGGGCACGUCCGAUUUGGCUCCGCCUCCCAGCUGCUGGAGACGCUGAUGGCCAACGCCACUCGGGCUGGUAAACAAGGCGUGGCCAAACAAGGCGUGGCCAAACAAGGUGUGGCCAAACAAGGCGUGGCCAAACAAGGCGUGGCCAAGCAAGGCGUGGCCAAACAAGGCGUGGCCAAGCAAGGCGUGGCCAAACAAGGUGUGGCCAAGCAAGGCACGAGUAGGUCAGGUGGCGCGGUGAGACGCGUCACCACGCCCGCCCCGUCCAAGAAAACCAAAACAACGACGGCGCCGAGGCGGAUCCCGCGAGCCGUCACGGCCACCCCCGCCGAGGGUCAGAGGUCAGGCAGCUUCACAGAUAGCCGGUGGCCCGCCUCGUAUUCCGAGGUGGAGAGAUGAGGGCGGCCCCGCGGCUACGGGACUACACAGACACGCGGUCAUUACGAGUCUUCUCACGCCAACGACGACAACAGCAGCAGACACCAAGAAGCAUGAAAGGGAGCGAAACAAAGAGACAAGUGCUGGUUCACUUUGUUUUUACGCUUGACCUUUGGGCCCCGACGCUGACAACAAACAUCACUUGAACAUCUCACGGCAGGAAAACACGCUGGCUUGGCUUUGAAAGGCAAAUGGGGGGGCAUUUAUUUCAAGAUAAAAGGCCACGCCGUGGAAAGGGAUUUUUUUGUUUUUUUCAUUUAUCAGACAAAGGCUUUAUUUAAGUUGGGAUGACAUCACGCCACGCCACGUCACAUCACGCCACAUCACAUCACAUCACGUCACAUCACGCCACGUCACAUCACAUCACAUCACGCCACGUCACAUCACGCCACAUCACGCCACGUCACAUCACGCCACGUCACAUCACAUCACGUCACAUCACGCCACGUCACAUCACGCCACAUCACGCCACGUCACAUCACAUCACGCCACGUCACAUCACGCCACAUCACACCACGCCACAUCAUAUCACGCCACGCCACGUCACAUCAUAUCACGUCACAUCACAUCACGCCAUGUCACGUCACAUCACGCCACGUCACAUCACGCCACGUCACAUCACGCCACGUCACAUCACGCCACGUCACAUCACAUCACGCCACAUCACGCCACGUCACAUCACAUCACAUCACGCCACGUCACAUCAUG